AUGUUUAUGUAUCCACGUAAGGGUCUCAUCACCGAUCCAUACAACCAAGAAGACAUCAUCAUACAAGACGAUCAGUUCCCACCUGAGUUCGCCGAGAACUCUCAGCAGUACCAACAGUCAUACUUGCAACCACCUUUCCAGUACCAACCGAACCAGUUCGCCUCUCCGCCGUCUUCCGCACCUUCCUCACCCUCUUUCUCUUCACCGACCUUCUCCAUUUCUUACCCCCAGGUGGACAGCCAGUCUUACGGGGCUCCUUCGAUGACCCCGGCGUCUUCCUACAACCCGUCUUUUGACAACCAGAGCUCUGCCUCACCAUCUUCACAAUAUCUGUCGCAAUAUCCCCAAUACUAUUCGCCUAUGUUGGCCCAACCGCCUAUCGCUCCCGGCAACCAAGCUUGGGAUGGUAACCUGCAGCUGUUGAGCCCCGCUCGAGUUCCUUCAUUCCCCCAGAAAGCCUCUCCCAGCUCAUCAUCACGAUCCGCGCCAGUCUCUCAACACCGGCGAUCCGACAGUUCCAACAAGCCGCUCCCCACUCCAGUACAGACUCCCCUCCAGAACUCGUUCUUGGCACCGGCCUUCCAAAACUACGACCCAUUGAUCAAUGAUGGGAGCAGCGUGGAGGCUGAGUCUGCUAUGAGAAGGGCAAUUCUGGAGCAGUCCAAGUAUCAACAAUCAUCUCCUCAGCACCAGCAGGCGGACUACUCGCACUCUCUGGCACCCUCAGUUUCCACCGUGAGCCAGAACUCGCCAGUCACCCCGCAGACCACCCUUGACGAACUUGAGGACGCAUCCAAGUCGAUGACCAAUGGUGAGACACGAUUUUCUGAACUUGACUUGGACCAGUACUUACAUGGCGACUUAUUCACAGAAUACGCCAACGGUAACUCUGGCAUGCCAAUUGGUGUUACUAAGCUCAAUCGCACUAUCUCCGAUAUCUACCAGGACGAGCUGUAUAACCCUGCCAUGAUGGCCGCUCCCCAGAUGUCCAAGCCGAUGGGCCAGAAUCUUUUGGCUCCUCGCAAUGUUAUCGCCGACCGAUUGCAGGCUGCUAACCAGGGUCACAUGUCUGCUCGCUCUCAGUCUCCGGUUUCUGGAAUGAUGAAGCGCGAACGAUCACCUUUCCGCCAGAACUCCCCAUUCACAUCUGAAAUGAACGCAUCUGGUCUGCAACCGCAGAUGGCUACGAGUGUUCCUAUGCAGAAUGCUAUGUCUAUGCCUAUGCCUUCUACGAUGAGUCAGACUGAUCUGAAGACCAUGUCUCCCAAGGAUGCGGUCCUGGACUUUAAUGAGGGUGAGGAUGCCGCUAUGGAGCCUCUGUUCCCUCCCCAGCAGGCCGACUUCAAUCUUGGUGAUGCGCUUGGAUUGCGUCGCGAGAGUUCGGGAUCAUCACUCCAACCGGCUUUGACGACUAUGGAUGCGUUCCCUUCGCAGUACGCCCCGGUCCAAGCGCCUUUCACAUUCUCCCAGCAAAGCCACCCCCCUCAGAAUUACCUGCAGCAGCCUAAGAUCCUUUCCGGACUUCCUCAGGUGGACUCCAAUGGCAGCGAUCUACACUCUUCUGCGGAUAUGACACCGCAAGCUCAUGCCAAGCCCAUCUCCCGGCCCACUAACACGACCUCCGACGCGGGCACAUACACCUGUACCUACCACGGCUGUACUCUGCGAUUCGAAUCACCUGCUAAGCUCCAGCGCCACAAGCGUGAGGCGCACCGGCAGACAUCUCCUGGGGGUCACCUGAUUACCCGGGACACCUCGCUACGCAAUUCUCAGGCCGGCCCGCACAAGUGCGAGCGUCUCAACCCGUCUACUGGAAAGCCUUGCAACUCUGUUUUCUCCCGACCUUACGAUCUAACUCGUCAUGAGGACACGAUCCACAAUGCGCGCAAACUAAAGGUGCGGUGCCACCUGUGCACCGAAGAGAAGACCUUCAGUCGCAACGAUGCUCUCACCCGGCACAUGCGGGUGGUGCACCCUGAAGUUGAUUGGCCUGGCAAGCAGCGUCGCCGGGGAAGAGAUUGA